AACGCUUCCUUCCGACUUUUCCAGUCUCAAUAGCUUCCGCCUCCAUUUUGUCGUCGUAUAAGCAAGUGGCAGCGGAAAAUCUCUACAACUAUUGUGUCGUAGAGAGAUAUUCUCCGGCAAUGGAAGGCAUUGUCAGUGAAGUUGGUGUGGGUGUAAAGAGAGGAUCAGACGAGCUUUUGUCUAGUAGUGUUUACAACAGUCCCAACUCUGGGAUGAGCAGUAUAAGUGACGGCACGUCAAACGGAAGCGACAGUAAGAAGUUUAAAGUGGAGGACGCGCCCCCGUCCCGCGUGCUUCACAUCAGGAAGCUCCCCAAUGAGGCGACGGAGACCGAGGUCAUCGCUCUGGGGCUGCCCUUUGGCAAGGUCACCAACAUUCUGACGCUGAAGGGAAAGAACCAGGCCUUCUUAGAGAUGGAGACGGAGGAGGCGGCAAUCACCAUGGUGAACUACUACACGGCCGUGUCGCCACACGUGCGCAACACGCCUGUUAUCCUCCAGUAUUCCAAUCACAAAGAGCUGAAGACAGACAGCGCAGGCAAUCAGCGGGCACAGGCGGUCUUGCAGGCCGUGUCGGCUGUGCAGGGGGGUGGCAUGCCCACAUCCGGCUCAUCAGCCAGCGAGAGCGCGCUCACGCCUGCUCCGAGCCCCGUGUUGCGCAUCAUCAUCGACAACAUGUUCUACCCUGUCACCCUGGACGUGCUACAGCAGAUCUUCUCAAAGUUCGGAACAGUCAUGAAGAUAAUCACGUUCACCAAGAACAAUCAGUUCCAGGCUCUGCUGCAGUACAGUGACCCCGUGAAUGCGCAGCAGGCCAAACUGUCCCUAGAUGGACAAAACAUCUACAAUGCUUGCUGUACGCUGCGUAUUGACUUUUCGAAGCUGGUCAACCUGAAUGUCAAGUAUAACAAUGACAAGAGCCGGGACUACACACGUCCUGAGCUGCCGGCUGGAGAUGGCCAGCCUGGGGUCGACCCUUCCGUAGCAGCAGCCUUCAGCAAAGAUUCGUCCUCGCUGCUCGGUAAGAUUCCAGGUGCCAUGAACCCACUGAGCGCCGCUGCGGCGGCGGCGGCGGCAGCCGGGAGGGUGGCACUCGGCCACACGGGCUCCAGCGGAGUCCUCCUGGCCAGCAACCUCAACGAAGAGAUGGUUACGCCCCAAAGUCUCUUUACCCUCUUCGGCGUGUAUGGUGACGUGCAGCGCGUGAAGAUCCUGUAUAAUAAAAAAGACAGCGCAUUGAUCCAGAUGGCAGACGCUAAUCAGGCCCAGCUUGCUAUGAGCCAUCUGAAUGGUCAGAAGAUGAAUAGCAAGAUCAUCCGUGUGACCCUGUCCAAGCACCAGACGGUCCAGUUGCCCCGGGAGGGUCUGGAUGACCAAGGGCUCACUAAGGACUUCACCAACUCCCCCCUGCACCGCUUCAAGAAGCCCGGCUCCAAGAACUUCCAGAACAUCUUCCCUCCCUCUGGCACCCUGCAUCUCUCCAAUAUCCCUGAAGACAUCACAGAGGAUGACCUUCGAGUUCUGUUCUCCAACUCUGGCAGCACGGUGAAAGCCUUCAAGUUUUUCCAAGAUCACAAAAUGGCGCUCCUGCAGAUGGCCUCUGUGGAGGAGGCAAUUCAGUGCCUCAUCGACCUCCACAACUACAACGUGGGCAACAACCACCAUCUUAGGGUUUCCUUCUCAAAAUCAACCAUCUGAGAGCGGUCUCCUUUUCCUUCAUGCGAAGACGCAUCACCAUUUUGUGUUCUGUUUUCCUCCCUGUAUCGUUUUCUGUUGACUUUUUCUUUUUUGACCCUGGGGACCACAUAGUAACCUUUCUUUUUCAUAAAGAUUUAUCAGUCAUUCCUUUAAAAAUGUGGAUGUCUCCUGCUCAAAAAAAGAAGAACUGAGAGAGAAUACAAUGGAGGGCAUUUUAUUUCCUCAUUGGUCCUGUAUGUACUAUAGGUCAUUUACCUUUUCUCAUUUCUUAAUGUGAAGGAAAGAAGGAACAUUGGCUCCUGUUUUUAUUUUGAUUGACAAACAAUGUGCCUUACUUGACUAAAUAAGUUCCAGCUAUUCUAUAUCCACACAUGUACGCAAACAACAACACUCUGUUUUUGAGGGCACAUUGGUUUCUACUGGUGUAAGAAAUGGAUGAUUGUGGGCGGGGGGGAUAGGGGGAAAUGUGAUUUGUAUGGUUAGUCAUGCUAUGAUGUUUGUGUUUAGCUGUCGGGAUUCUUCCUCCUGCUUUUUUUUUUGUAACUUUUGGUUAGAAUUUGGCUUAAUUAUUCCUAGUUGUUGGGAGUGUCUGAUCAUAGUGAAAUUGGCAUAUGCUCAUGAAGUACCUUUGAGCACAAGCCACACUUUUUCGAAAGAGGGCUUAAUCUCAACAACCAAAGCUUUAUUUUUUAUCCUCUCAAAUCUAUCAAGUUUUGAAGAUGAUCCAACAGCCCCGUGGCUAAGGGUAGAGUGUAAAUGUCAUUGUGAUUGAGGAUGUUCCUGUAGGUAUUCUGAUCUUUACAUGGCAUUUAUAUUGCUUUUUUUUUUUUAAACUGGGCAAAGGGUUUGUCCCCUUUGUUUUGUCUCACCCUGCAUGCUUGGACUGGAGUAGCUAGUGAAAGAUUUAGAAGCACUAGGCUUGUGCAUGCAAUUAGAAGCUAACCUAAAAUGAGCCGGCAAUUAAUUUCUUUCUGUGUGUGGCAGUUUACCGCAGAGGGAUUCAUGGGAGGGACCAAACCCUAUGUGCCUUUAGUCUUAAUUUCCACAGUGAACAACAGAAUUUUUAACCACCUGAAAGAUUUUUUUGUAUUUAUGGGAGGAAAGGCAAGUGGGAAUGAAAAAAAUAUUCCAUAGACUGUUUGUACGUUUAACCGAGGACUUGUUUGUGAUGGAACAUCCUGCCUCUUUCAUCCCAAGAUCCCAACGUACAUACCUAAGAAUUAAUGCAUAGAUUGUGUCUGUUUGCAAAAAAAAGAAAAGGAAAAAAAAAAAACCAUAGGAUAGCCAUGUAUGUUUUAUAUUUUAGUUGAGUUUUUACUCCUUUAGGAAUGUAAAAUUCGGUAUAGUUUGGCGAUGGCACAAUUAAAAACACAAUUUUCUAACAAAGCGGGAAAGGUUUGUCUUUGACUCGUGGUUGUUGUGCAUUUCGGAGAUACUUUCUCCCGCCAUCUCUCUCUCCUCUUCCCUUCGUCCCUCCCUCUCUCUCUUUUUUUUUCGUGUGUACUCUGCCUUUUACCUCUGUAGCAUGCUCAAUAAACACUCCAGUGGCUCUGUA